AUGGACCACCUCCAUCAGUUUCUGCACACUCAUCACCUACACAACACUCGACCUACAGUGAUAAUAACAACAACAGGUGCUGGUGAUGGUGCUAGUAGGGACUAUAAUAGUAAUAAGAGGAGUUAUAAUGCCCACAAUGAUAACUAUAGCAGAAGUCAUGCAAGGCGUAAUAAGGAGACAGAGGAGACCAUUGGAGUCAUGGUCAACGUCAUUAUUACAAUCGCGAUAGACAGCAUCAACCCACAACAAUAUCAUCAACAACAAAUUCAUCAUGGUCAUCAUCAACAUGGUGGUCUACAUUCAACGCAACAACUACCGCCACAACAACCAUCCAUACAUCCGCAUUAUAGUCAACAUCAUCAUCCUCAUCACCAGCAGCAACAGUUAUAUCAACAACAACAACAACAAUAUCAACAACAUCCAGGUGGUGAGCACACAUGGACAAGUGAUCUGAUUAGUAAUAAUGUAUCACAACACCAUCAACCUCCACCACCUGGAACAACAAAUUUAUUAUCACAAAGUCAUAAUUAUUUAGUUCACGGACAAUUACCACAUUUACAACAACAUAAUAUCCAAAAUCCGAAUGGACCUCCUGGUGCACCGCCUAAUCUACAAAAUCAAUUAUUCUCAGAACAGCCACCGCUUCCUCCUCACCUUCAACAUCCAGCUCCCUUUCAGGGUCAAUUACCUCCUCGGAUAGCACCUUCGUGGGAUCAACGUUCUAAUACAUAUCGAUCACAAAUACUUAAUAAUACAAAUAUCGGCAAUAGUAACUUUUCAUAUCCGCCAGAAUCAUAUCAGUCAUAUCCGCCUCAAUUACCAUUCAUGACUGGUAUUCAGUCUACUAAUACUCAUUACACGUACGAAAACAAGCAACAAUCUGCUCAAUUUGCCCAGUAUCCACCUCAGUCUCAAUUCACGCAUCUUAAUCAAUCAUAUCUUCAAGAUCAACUUCCGCCAGCAUCCAGUUAUCCUCAUAUGCCUUCUCAAAUAACUGUGGAUGCUCCAGCAUACAUGCCAGAGAAAUUAGCGGAAAAUACAAUAGAAACAAAACUUGAUACGUCUCCUAUUCAAGCAACUCCUUUGAUGAAUAGACCGACCGAACUGUAUGAAAAAUUGGGACAGGUAGGUGAAGGAACUUUUGGUAAAGUGUAUAAAGCACGAAAUCGAGAAACUGGCAGUAUUGUAGCGUUGAAGAAAAUCAGAAUGGAGGCGGAAAAGGAAGGGUUCCCUUUGACAGCGUUAAGAGAGAUAAAGCUACUUCAAUCGCUCAGAAAUGACCAUAUUGUGACGCUGUUAGAGAUAAUGGUAACAAGCGGAGUCGUAUAUAUGGUAUUCGAGUACAUGGACCACGACCUCACGGGAGUGCUAGCGAAUCCUCAAAUAAAGUUCGAAGUACAACACAUAAAAUGCCUAAUGAAACAAUUGCUGGAAGGUUUAGUCGUGCUGCACGAACGAGGGAUCUUACACAGGGACAUUAAAGGAUCAAAUCUCCUGCUGAACAACCGUGGUCAAUUAAAAUUGGGCGACUUCGGGCUGGCGCGUAAAUACGACAACAGACGCCAGCAAGACUAUACGAAUAGGGUGGUAACCUUGUGGUACCGCCCACCUGAGUUAUGCUUGGGGGCGACGGAGUAUGGGCCGGAAGUGGAUAUGUGGAGUGCAGGGUGUAUUCUCAUGGAGUUGUUUACACGCAAGCCACUCUUCCAAGGGGUGGAUGAGCUCACUCAGCUGGAAAAUAUUUUCCAACUGCUGGGUUCGCCAUCUCCUGAAGAGUGGCCACAUGUGGUGGAGUUGCCGUGGUACGACUUGAUGACACCUGCGACGCGGUGGGCGCCGAAACUGCAAGAAAAAUUUGAGGGGGUCCUAACUGCCGCAGCUAUGGAGCUGGCGGAAGCUCUGUUAUCCUUGAAUCCCGAAAACCGUCCCACGGCUCGGAAAGCUUUGAAUUUCAGCUUCUUCACAGAAGAAAUGCCUACGGCAUGCUCCCUGGAAGAGUUGCCAGAAAUUCAAGGCGACUGGCACGAAUACGAGUCUAAGCAACGUAAACGAGGUGCCGGGAACUGGGCG